AUGUCUGCCGCCUUGACUGUUUCAGGCCUGGUAGGCGAGACGACGGCGAAGGUGGUUAGGCUAACCCCAACUGAGCCUCCCCUUCCUGCGUCAAUUUCGACUUCAAAACUCCAAUUCUUCGCCUCUUCGUCUCUUCAACUCUGUUCCCUGGUCCUCUUCGACUGUCUUACUCGUCCCUUUUAUAUCUGUGUAUUCUCCUCUUCCCGCUUGUUCUGCAUUUCUAGGUUGUGCCUCGCAUUCUCGUCCCGUGUACCCCCCUUUUUUUUGAGACGAAUAUCUACUUCCUAUAAUAAUAACUACGGCGGCCAAGGCUAUGGCCAAUAUGAUCCGUACAGCUCUCGACAAGACAAUAGAUACAAUAACGAUGUAGAAGCUGGUGCCGGUCGAUACGAAAUGUCUCAAUAUGACCCGCCAAUCCAAGGAGGCUAUGAUGAACCAAACGACAAGCGUGCGAUCCUAAACCAAUGUAAAGAUAUUGAACAGGGUAUCGAUGAGGUAGAGAGGUACAUCGAGCAGAUCCAAGGCUUGUACCGACGUCUGCUCACAGAUGCGGAUCCCACCCGUGAGAAUGCCAUUCGUUCGCAGGCAGACGGAUUAGCCAGCGAUGCGAAACGCCUUUACCAGAAUCUGGUCCAACGCUUGAAGGGCAUAAAACAGACUCCUGGUUCCGGGGAGAGCAUCAACAGCGCUCAGAUCGGAAGGGUCGAGCGGAAGCUAAAGUCCGCCAUUACAAAUUUCCAUGCCGUACAGUCUGAUUUCCGCAAGGACUUGGAGGCGCAAAUGGCAAGACAGUACCGAAUUGUGCGUCCUGAUGCUACUGAUGAGGAGGUAAAAGAAGCUGUCCAGGACCCAUCGCAACAACAAAUAUUCAGCCAGGCUCUUAUGCAAAGCGACCGACGCGGCGAUGCACAGAAAGUUUCACAGAUGGUGCGUGCCAGACACGACGAGAUCCUGAAGAUCGAGCGCGACCUGCUGGAACUAUCACAGAUGUUCCAGGAUCUCGAUGCUAUUGUCAUCCAACAGGAAGCCGCUGUUGAACGAAUCGAUGAUCAGACCGAACAGAUCCAUAAUAAUAUAACAAAGGGUAAUGAGGAAAUCGGCGGUGCUAUCAAGAAGGCAAGGGCUCGCAACAAGAAGAAGUGGAUUUGUCUGGGCAUAGUGGGUGAGUACGGUCUUUUUUAA